AUGGCUGAUACAACAGGGAGAAGAUCAUCACAAGCUAAUAGCUUAGAAGAUUUAUUUAAUUUAUUAAGCUCCAAGGACGCUGCUUGGAGCCAGCAAGCUAAAACAGUCAUUAUCGACGGAUUGAUUAAUUCAGCUCGUGCCGGAGAGACCAGCAGCUGGUUACAAAAUCAUUUAAUUGAUUACUACAUGAGAACAGGUUGUGAGAAUGCAGCUGAGAUAUUAACUAAAAUACAAGAUUCUCAAGCUCGUUUCUUAUUCGAUAAAAUCAACGCCAGCCUAUCCAAUGGUAAUACCUGCUUACAAGCCGUAAAACUACUUGGAAAUAUUGCUAGAAGUCAACCAUCCUGGUUGUAUCGAAUUGGAAAUAAUGCUGCGGUACCAACUCUUCUCAAGUGUCUUAAGAGUCAACAAGAUGCUGAAGUCCUUAUAGGUGGCAUUCUAACCCUAACAAUUUUAUUGCCUUCAAUGCCUACCUUAGUUAAACCUUACAUGCCAGAAAUGGUUGAGAUUUAUAUAAGAUUAGCCAGUUGGAGAAUAAAGAAGCCAGGUCACAUCCCGGAUCUAUUCCUGCAGCAUUUACUUAUUGCAGCUAAUGUUUUCUUCCAACGUUUAUAUGGCAUGUUUCCAUGUACAUGUAUGUCGCUAUUAAAGGCUUUUUGUAAAAGUAAAGCCAACAGAGACAUUUUCGACAAAGCACUUCAACCAUUAUUAGGCCAAUUACGAUUCCAUCCUAUGCUGGUUACCUCUGAUUGCGAUGAAGAAUCACAACCCGAUAGAUGGAAAAAAUUAGAGCCUUAUGAAAUUGUUGUUGAAUGCUCAAAGUUUGCAUCCGGCAUUUAUGAUGAUCGAUACAACGAAAACUAUAGGGAAUCGGCAUUUAUUCCUCGUCGGUGUCCUCAUACUUAUCAGGUUGUCAGUGAUGGAUUACCAGAUAGGGCGCCUAAUAAUACAUGGAGACAGAACUCAUCUACAACUGCUGAAAUGAAUGAUAUUAAUAGAAUUUCGAGAUCAAACUCUAACAGUGCUUCUAUCGUAUCUAAGACCGACACAGAAACUGAUAAACAACCUGAGAUUGAGAAAGUUGAUGCAUCCUUGGAGCACGCUACAGUCGCUACUGUUACGACUAAUAAAUUAGAUAAAAUACCAUUGGUAGCUUUUCGAGAUUCCCAUGAAUUAUGGAGUCCCUCAUUGCUGCUCGAUGUCGAUUCUCCACCCACUUCUCCAGAUCUUAAUCGAAAUAACCCUACUCGUAUCUCAACUCCUGGAAAGUCGUCUGAGACGCAUAAUCGUUUGGUCGAUUCACCUAUUCAUGCAGCGCCUCCAGAUACGAUCAAUACCUCAAAUUUUACAAAUUCUAUGACGAAAUUUACGCAUCAAACGAAUAUUAGCAAAGAAAUCUUAUCACCAACGAAGCAGAACGAUUCGUUGGAUCAGGAGAAAUUUACCGACUUCAAAUAUUCGACACCAAAGAGAGUACUCGGUGAUUCACAAGAUGAUAUUGUAAUUAAUCAAUCUGCUACUGAUAACAUUAAACAGACAGCUGAUGAUCAAGCCCUUAUACAUCGAAAGAUAUCAGAGGGAAAACUAAGAAAGAAAGUAUCAACUGCAGCCGUUCCUGUCAGAAAAGAGUUAGGUUUGGCGUCUAAUACUGAAGUACAAGAUCCCGCGGAUAAUAAAGUGAUUCCAAAUAGAAUAUACUCUCUUACCAGCAUGGACUUAUUUACGUCAGAUAAUAUAAAUCAGGAAGAUGCACAUGGAUUACCGGACAUACAUUCUUGGCCUCCCAAUGCUUAUUUAUUAAAUGACAGCAAAUUAAAAGAAGAUUCUACGGAAGAUAUACUUACGGAUAAUUUGCAUCAUUCCUUCAAGCCCAAAGAGAGUCCGUUUGAAAGCUCUCAAAGUAAAAUUGAAGAUGAUACUGCAACUGAUAAUAAAGAUUUUACUUCUAGCUCAGCAGUAAAGGAGAAAAACUUUACGAAUACGGAUAGCGAGUCUACUGCUGAUUUAGAUAGCAAAUUAGCACAUCAGAAUGCUUCGUUGAGUUCAUAUAUUAAUCUGAUGGAUGCUGCUUUACGAUCACCAAUAAUGGGUGCUCCAUUAAACCAACGAACAGCUAGCGUUGCUCCUGUCUUGAAUGAUUCUUUCCAAGACUUUAGUCCUAAAACAUCGUCUGAUUGUCAUUCUUGGAUUUAUCCAUCUUUUACUAGUUUUGAAGAAUAUCUAACUCUGGCAAGCGAAAUUCACUCUGAAGAACUUAAAAGAAUACCUCUAGUUGAUCGCUUUGAUACUACUUGGAAUUAUUUUGGUGGAUCAGCUCCUGCCGAUGAGGUAACAAUAUUCAAAGGCCAAACGCGUUUGCUUUUAAAUCAGCUUUUGUUUGAGCGGUAUCAAACGGAAAUGUACGCACAACGUAAUCGCCAGCUGGUGGGAAGAACUUAUAGGCUAAAUGCCCUUGAAGAGGAAUGCUUAGCAAUGAAAGAUCAACUUCGUUUCCAAGAAGCCGAAAUUCAUCACUUAAAACUUUACUUAAAGUUACAAGAGGAAGAACAACGGAGGGUUAUAGAAAAUAGAGAAACUUGGGAAUCUGACAUGAAAUCCAGAGUACGAACUUUGAAUAAUGAAAAAUUGCAAUUACAACGAAGAAUUGAUCAGUUAUCAGACAAGCUAUCAGUAGUAUUAUCGCAAUCUGAUCGUAUAAAACAGGAGCUAAGUAUGACCAAAGCAGAGUUAUUUGAUGCUACAUCUAAAUUGAAACGGCUAGAUCAACUAGAAAUCAAAAAUAAGGCUGUGAUUGAAAUGAAUGAUCGCUUAAAGAAUGAAUUAGUCCUUCUAGGCGAAUAUUGCAAUCAGCAACUUGAGUCUAAUGAAAAUAGCUUAAGAGCCAGUUUAUUAAAAGCAAAGCAGCAGGUGUUAUCGUAUGACUCGGAAUUAUCAGCGCGAAAUGAGGCAUUUCAAAAACAAGACAUCCAGUUGGAAUCGAUGAAAUGUCAAAUCACAGAUCUUGAAAAUCGAAUUAAAUCAAAGGAGUUAGCGUUAAAAUUAGAAAAGGACAUGUUGAAGGAGUCAAAAGAUAUUCAUGCAUCCGAGAUUGAAGUUAUCGAGCGAAAAUAUAAGAGUUUACAAAGGAUUUGUCGUAAAUAUGAAUCAUAUAUCCUAAAACUUCACUCACAGUUGGAAAUAAUACAGAAGGAAAGUGGAUUAAAAAUUUCAGCAGAUUCGGAUACACAACUAAGUGCUGAUUCUUUACAAACUACGAUUUAUAAAGAAGCAGAGGCAAUUUAA